AUGCUCGUUGCAAAACGCGCGCUGAUGAGCUUCUUGCGUUGGCCGAGACCAUCAAGAUCCUCAACGACGACGAUGCGUUGGAGCUAUUGGAAGACGGUCGGAUCAAGUUUCGUGCAGGUAGACGAGGCAUCUGUUGCGCAGAGGCAGCGUGCCUACUCCAUGAUUCAACGAGUGGUCCGCGACGACGAUCGCGGCAACGGCUUGCCGAUGAAGUUCAUCAUGCUCGCCCUCGAGGGAAAGAAGAUCGGUUUCGAGAAAGUCAUCGGCAUGAUCGACGAAAUGGUAUCGACUUUGAAAAAAGAGCAAGCAGAUGACGACUCCAAGAAGGAGUACUGCUCUAGCGAGCUUGACACAUCCGACGACAAGAAGAAGUCAAUCGAAAAGACGAUCUCCGACACUGAAGCCAGUAUCACCGCAGCCAAGGAAGGCAUCUCUACGUUGACCGACGAGAUCGCGGCGUUGAACAAGGCCAUCAAGACGCUCGAUUCCGAAGUCGCGACGGCGACAGAGCAGCGCAAGGACGAGAACGCCGAAUUCAAGGAGCUCAUGUCUUCGAACAGCGCCGCCAAGGAGCUGCUGGAGAUGGCCGUGAACAGGCUGAAUCAGUUUUACAACCCCCGAAUGUACAAGGCGCCUGCCAAAGUGGAGCGCUCGACCAUGGACGCCAUCUCCCAGGACGUUGGCGGCGCCGCAUCCUUGGUUCAGGUCUCCGAGCACCGCCGCUUCGUGGAGGCACCUCCGCCCCCUCCAGAGACGUUCGGUGCGUACCAGAAGAAGGGCCAGGAGCACGGCGGCGUUGUGCAGAUGAUCAAGCUGCUCAUUAAGGACCUCGACAAGGAGAUGACCGAAGCCGAAACGUCCGAGAAGGACUCGCAGUCGGACUACGAGGAGCUCAUGAAGGAGUCCGCAGCGAAGCGUGCGGCCGACUCCAAGGCCCUGGCAGACAAGGAGGGCGCGAAGGCCAACAUGGAGGGAGAUCUUCAGAUGCACAGCGACGGUCUCAAGGAGGCCAAGCGUGAUCUCGCCGCCACGCUGAAGUACAUCCACUCCCUCCACACCGAGUGUGACUGGCUCCUGAAGUACUAUCGGACUGCGCUUGCGAGAUGCGGGCAAGCGAGGUGGAUGCGCUCGGCAAGGCUAAGGCGGUGCUGA